AUGGACGUGGGUAGCAUACUAAGUAUAUUGGGCGUAUUAUUCUUCAACUUCAGCUUUGUAGCUUACAUUAAAGAAUAUGCAAAAAUAAUUGAAAACCUCUCAGAUUUCAAGCCCUAUGGAAAACCCGGUAACUUUGAUGAAGAAACAAAAAAACUAAACUUAUAUUCAAAAAUACACGGACUUUAUAUUUUUGUCUGCAUAGUGAUUUUCGCCGGUUCAUCCACCAUUAAGUUUGGAUGGUGUUCCACGAAAAGUUCUUACGAAUGCGGAAUUUUCAUACAGCCGUAUAUGCCGUUUGAUAUUGAUCAUUACCCAGGUCUAAUGGUUUACCUGUCGAUAUCAAAAUUUACAUUUGAUAUUAUCGGAAUAUUCAUGGGAUACUUUUCAUCUAUGGCUUUAGUCAGUGUCGGCGGGCAAAGAAUACAAGAAAAGAGUGUGUCGGUGUCUACGGCAGUUUACAACACUUCUUGGUACAGUUUGGAUGUAAAAAUACAAAGGAUGUUGAUUUUGGUUAUGGUCAGAAGUAGGAAGCCUUUGAACGUAAGGGCUGGACCUUUUGGUAUUAUGAAUUAUCCUUUGAUUUUAGGAGUACUUAAAACGUCGUAUUCUUGUCUAACCUGUUUACUUACAACAAAUGAGGCCUAA